GUUACAGUAAAUGUAAAAAUUGUGGCUAAUUUUACUUCUGCAACUAAAUCAUUUCCAAGCUAUACAAAAACUCCCAAUAAAAUUUUUAAAAAAAGCUCCACGCAAAACUCGAAGAUAACCACGGCCUAUCAAUUUUCAUUCUGCACAUCAGCGAAAACUCAGGCAGCAUUAGAAAAAUGUCUCAAUGCUUUUGAUGGCGUUGCUGCUUUCAAAAAUUCAACAAGUCUACAAAACCCGAAAAAAAUUGAACGAAUGAAUGGAUAUUGUUCCACAAUAGAGGCAAAUUUUCCAGUACUCAAAAGAUGUAUGGACUACGAUGCGAAAUCCGUUGAGAAGUUACUAUCCUUUUGCAGUUUUUACCAAUUUUUUGCAAGCAAAAUCUUCUGGAGAUGUGCUCUAAAAAUGAAGGACCAAUAUGGAAAAUGCUUCAAAAAGUCAAUGGAAACAGUUCUCGAUGUUAAUAUAGAAUCUUUCAUGAGUUGAAAUGCUCAAAACUUCAAUCUGUGAGCAGUUGCUCGAUGGAAGAAGUUCGGAACACGUGCAAUAUGAGGGCUUAUCAGCGAUAUCACAUGUUUUUGAAUUCUCGACUUCAAGCAUGGAUAUGUUAA